UUUGACUGCGUGGUUCGAUUCGGUAAAGGUGAAAUUUUAUUUGAUUUUAAUAAUAUUUUUAGUGGAUAAAAGAAGCCCGAUUUCUGAUAUAUUAAAGAUUAAUUUAGAAUAUUAUAGAGGAUCCCUCAAGGACAUCCAAGGGUUUCUUAAUGCGUAGAAUUGGAUUAUGGGAACAUUAACACCAGUUAAGUCCACCAAGUGCGACAGCCGUGACUUUGUCACAGAUGGUCAUGCCAAAGACAUUCUUAAGUCAGUUAAUAUACUCCGAAAGAACAAUAAGUUAUGUGACGUCAUUCUUCAAGUUGAGAACAAAGACUUCCCUGCCCACAGAAUUGUGUUAGCAGCUUGCAGUGAUUAUUUUUGUGCAAUGUUUACAAGUGAUAUGCAAGAGAGUCAGAAGCCUGUUGUAGUGCUACAAGGCCUGACUGCAGAAACAAUGGAAGUUCUCCUUGAUUUUGUUUAUACUGAAACAGUUAAAGUAAGUGUUGAGAAUGUUCAAGCACUAUUACCUGCAGCAUGCCUUCUGCAACUUACAGGUGUUCAAAAAGCAUGUUGUGAGUUUCUAGAACACCAACUUGAUCCUUCCAAUUGUCUUGGAAUUAGAGGCUUUGCUGAGACUCAUGGUUGUAAAGAACUUCAAUUGGCAGCGGAGAAUUUCAUUCAUAAGCAUUUCAUGGAAAUCAUCAAAAGUGAAGAGUUUAUGCAGCUUGAUGCUAAGGACAUAAUCAGCUUGAUCCAGUGUGAUAAACUAACAGUACCUUCUGAAGAAACUGUAUUUGAGUCUGUCUUAAACUGGAUCAAACAUGAAGAAGACCUGAGGAUAGAUAACCUACCUGAAAUGCUUGAGAUUGUCCGUCUUCCCUUGCUUACCCCACGGUACUUGACAGAUGUGGUUGAUAAUGAGAAACUGAUAAAACAAAGUCUUGAAUGCAGAGAUUUGGUAGAUGAAGCUAAAAAGUACCAUUUGAGGCCAGAAUGUCGACAUCUGUUACAGACACCGCGUACUAAGGCUAGAUAUGGCAUGGGUGAGAUAAUGUAUGUGUUGGGAGGAUUUGGUAACAUGCAGUCUCCUGUGGAUGUUGUGGAGAAAUUUGAUCCCAAGACUGGACAAUGGUCUCAUGUACAGUCAAUGGGAAGAAAGCGUCGAUAUCUCUGUUCAGUUGCUCUUGGCAACAAGCUUUAUGCUCUCGGGGGAUACGACGCGUCAAGUCGAUUAAACACCGUAGAAUGUUAUGACCCAGUGGUGGAUCAGUGGACCACAGUUACGCCAAUGUUACAGAAACGAGGUCUUGCAGGGGCAGCCACAUUAGACGGUAAGAUCUUUGUUUCUGGUGGCUUUGAUGGUACUGUUCGACACACCAGCGUCGAGUGCUACGACCCUAAUAUCGAUCGAUGGACUGUUGCGAGUAACAUGCUCUCUCCCCGUGAAGGUGCAGGACUAACCAACAUGGAUGGUAUUCUCUACUCGGUCGGUGGGUACGAUGGUGACACUAUACUUAAUACUGUAGAGCGGUAUGAUCCAAGAACGGGACGAUGGACAGCUGUGUCAUCCAUGGCUACCAGGAGAUCAGGUGCUGGUGUUUCUAUUCUUGAUGGUCAACUCUACGCACUAGGAGGGUACGACGGCACCCAACACCUCUCCACAGUUGAGUGCUACAGCCCUUGCAUGGAUCAAUGGGUAUCCACGUCAGAUAUGCAGUCCAAGAGAUGCUACGUUGGCGCUAUAAUCUUGAGUGGGAAACUGUACGCUGUAGGAGGCUACGAUGGAAUGACUUUGUUAGAUUCCAUCGAAUGUUAUGACCCAACAGCAAAUGAAUGGAGUACAAUGUCUUCUAUGGGAACUAGUAGAUGUGAUAUGGGGGUAGCAGUGCUUAUGGACCAUUAACGAAGAUUCUACGCUAUUGGAGGAAUAACUUCGUUAGCCGAUUUCAUCGAAUGUUAUGGUCAAGAUGAAUACAGUAGAGGAAAAUAUCCUGUGAUGUGAUACGGGGGUAAGCAGUACUUGUGGACCAUAAAAACAGAGUCCUACGCUAUAGAAGGACUAACGCUGUUAGCCGAUUCCAUCGAAUGUUAUGGUCAAGAUGAAUGGAGGAAAAUGUCCUGAUGGGAACUAGUAGAUGUGAUACGGGGGUAGUAGUACAGAUAUUUGACCAACAAGCAAUACUUAUCUUCAAAAAUCAAACAGACCGUUAAUGAAUUUCUCCACAAAAAUAUGGAUGUAAUCUGAGCAUAUUUAUUUUUGCAUACCUUACUCACCUACAAAUUGAAAARAAAAAAAGAAAAAAUUAAAACAGUUUAACAUAGUUUAAAAUUUUUCAAUCGUCAAUUCUAUAAGUAAUAUAUAUAUAAAUGCAAUCCUACAACGAGAUGUAAUCCUAUAAUUAAAACGAUAACUAGGCCUAAUGGGCCAGACAUUGUUACAUAUAGGGGUGAUGAGAAACAGGCUCAGUACGUGCCAACUGUUCUCCUAUAAACCAAAAUAGAAUUUUCAAAUUCUUUUGACAGCUCCUAGAUGCCUCUUGACUUUUUUCGUUACUGCGAAUGCGAUCUCUUUUUCCAAAUAAGAAGCUUCGUUGAUAAAUGUCGGCCAAAUGACCUCCUCUUCCUCAUAGGUGAUUGUCUGUCCACCAAAGGUCAUGAACAUUGGAUCUCCUUUCUUGAGAGGUUUCCAAUCCUGUUCCUCUAGUUUUGGAUGAAUCAUAGCCGAGAUAUUCCCAUUCUCGUCACAUGGAUACUUCACCAUUUUUUUGCAUUCAAACAAUUCAAUCUCUCUUUCUUGGAAUUCUUUUCCAUUGUUGAACGCUUCAAUGAUGUCUAAGGUUUUCGACACUACCGCAGCAGUUCGUUGAAAGACUUCAGACUUGACUGUUCCAUGUGCCAAUGGCCCAACUUCAAUUCCUAUGCCACUCUUCGUAAGACUAGUGAACCCACUAUCUCUCUUGCCAAAAGCAAAACCCAACGAGAGAAUAGAAACUGGAAAGUUAAUCGCCUCUUUAAUGGAAGCUGUGAUUUGUAAACCUAUCGUUGUGGCUGCCAAAGAAGUCAAAAUCAACGUUACCCCCAUGUUCGAAGUGGUGUUAUGUAAAUCAAUGGAAUAAUCUACGUUGUUAUCUGCGAUCCACUUUUGAAUCUCGCAUGCUCUUUGAACUUCGUAUUUGUCUUUAUCUGGUGUGAUUGGGUCGUGAGAGAACUGGCGAUUAAGAUCGACGUGUAUGUACCUUACGCACUUUUCAAUGGCGCGAGGGUUGCUCAAGAGAAGAUGAGUCUUGAAUGAACUUCGUUCAACCUCUGUCCUGGCUGUUGCAUUGCUCAUCCAGCGCCGCACGAGGUGGAUUCCCGUCAUCUCAUUUCCAUGGGUUCCUCCACUUAUAGAAACAUUAGAAAAUGUCUUCACUCUUUCGGGUUUUGUUUCUGCCAUCUACAAAUAAUAAAUCGCGGGGUCACAUUUA